UUUUUACUCUGCCAUUAUUAUUCUUAUUUUUUUUUCUCCCCUCCGAACCCCCCCCCUCUCCGGCCUGUCCCACACUGGUCGGUCUCCCGCAUCAGAGGCGCGCUCUUACAAGCUCGGUUUCCACUUUUCCGCUCCUUCCUUCAACCGCAACCGUCCUCGGCCUCGACGCUCCGGCGCAGCUCGGUGAACGCCACCACACAAAUUAUCACAAUGGGCGGUUUCUACAUGCAGUAUCUCGAGAGCCUCUGCCGGCGUCGAGGAUGGACAGACCCCAUGUACGAGUGCUACCGGGACCACAGCGGCUACACUUGUCUUGUCCUGGUCAACGGCCGCGAGUACCAGACGGAUCUCGCCUACGAGUCUGACGUUCUUGCUCAGGAGAACGCUGCCAUGCGUGCCUUUAUGGUCUGUCGCAACUUCUCUGUCAACGGAGGCAUGCUAGCUCGCAACGGCAUCGUCCAGGGCCUGCCUGCUCAGGACUCGGGCCGCCGCCGCAAGAGUCGUCACACUUCAUCCCGGGACAGUGACCGCCACAGUCGACGAUCAGGUCAUCACUCGAGCAGUAGCUCGACAGCCUCGUUCGAGUAG